AUGUUUUUUUUUUUUUUGCUUACCAACUGUAACAACAAAAAAAAAGAAAAAAAAAAAAUCAAUUAUUUGUUACAAACACAACCAUCAGGACAAAUUCAACAACAUUCAACUUGGCAAUCUGGUACUCAAAAUCAAUUACAACAACAACAACAACAACAACAGUCUGUUGGUAAUAUACCAAUACAGCCACAAUUGCAAGGUGCACAAGCACAACUUCAACCUCCACAACAAACUCCAAUUGGACAAUUGUCAACGACAAUAAUAACAACAACAACAACAACAACAUCUGCAGCCACAACUACACCACCAACACCAUCAAUACCAACACCACUGGCACCACCAAUAACAACAACAUCAACACCGAUACCAACAUCAAUGCCAAUGCCACAGGUAUUACCACCACCACCACCACAACAACAACAACAACAACAACAACAACCACCAAGCCCUCAAGCACAAGCACAACAACAACAACAACAACAACAGGCAUUGCCUCCUCAACAACCUCAGACAUCUCCUCAACAAGCGUAAUUAUCAUUAUUAUUAUUAUUAAACUAAUAAUAAUCAAUGAAAAAAAAAAAAUUAAAAAAAAAAAGUGCUUCUCCCUCACUUUGAUUAUUUUACUUU